AUGUAUGUUUCAGGUCUCCAUCUCUCAACUAUCCUCCUCCUCAUCAUCAUUCCUUUUACAAACCUCACCAUUGCCACGCUUCCACCAUUACACUACACCAUCAAUCGUCGCGAUGAUUCUUUCCCCGCUCCCGAUACUGCUAAUCUUACCUUUCUCCAAUCCACACUCGCAGAUAUAAAUGCCAGAUUCACAAAUUCCGAAAGAAUACUGAAAGGGAAUAAAGUCGUUAGAGUGCCCAAAAGAUGGCACGAUGGCCAAAAUCACCAAUACCACAAAUUUGAAACCCCGAUCUGGAACAUAUCUCCAACCAGGAACUACUCUCUCGGCGAAGUCGGAAAUUCUGGAUCUUGGUUUACGUCGUUGAAAAUUGGCGAGCCUUCCCAGAAUGUGGAUCUUGAUCUUAAUAUGUUGACGGCGGAUUUUGCGAUUAUCAGUACGCCGAGUGGGAAGGGAAGUUUUUAUCUCGAAGAGAGGAGUGGGACCUAUAGUGUUAGUAAUGAGAAUGAAGAGGGAAAGGGGAUGAAUUUUCGGGUUGAUAUUGUGGGAUUACCGUUGGGGUUUGACAUGCUUGCUGGCUUGAAAGGGGAUAGGUAUAUACCGGUCAAUUUUGCACAUUGUAGACCGCAGAAACAGUGGAUUGGUAGUCUGGGAAAUAGUGGUGCAAGUCUGGGGUUGGCUAUAGGAGAGGGGCUGGGACAGGUUGGGGGUUGGGAGGGAGGAUUGCUGGGGCAGAUUGUUAAGAGUGGAAUUGUUGAUACUGAGAUCUGGAGCUUGAUGCUGAUUAAUGGACAUGAAGGGGUGUUUAGUGUGGGAGGAUCUUCAGUCGAGGCGGUUAGAGAGGUGGAAGAAUUGAUCGAGAAGGAAUUGAAGAAACUCGAAGCAGGUGGGGGACGUAGAUGUCUUGCAAACUGGAACGAUGGAUUCAGAAAUAUGAACGGAUUGGAACUGCAGUCCAAACACGACGAGUUUGAGAAAAAUUCAGAGAUAGGAUUGAUGAAGAGAGAUGGAUUUUCAUCGGACAACAAUGAUGUGACUUGGAAAACGAAUGAUGAAAGUGUUUGGGAAUGGAGUAAAGUUCGAGGUGCAGAUGGAUGGUGGGAAAUUCUCAUGAAAGGAAUUUGGGUUGACGGAAAUAAACUUAUUCAGAACCAGCCGAUAGUAUUGGAUGUCAAUACUCCCUACAUAAUCGGUCCACCACAUCAAGUCCGCAAUUUGUACUCAUCCAUAUCCGGCUCUCGUCAACUUCCACCACCUUAUGAUCAGUUCCAUGCCUACCCGUGUUUCAACCCACCUCACUUACUACUCGAGUUUGGCAAUUUGAGAGUCAAGGUAUUGGAUGGCAAAAGGGACGAAGGAGGGUUUUCACCCGGAGGAAAAUUCAGCUUGGGGAGGAUGGAGAGAGGUAGUGGGUAUUGUGUGGGAGUUAUAGUAGAGGGCAGGUUUGGCAAGAAAGAUGGCCGAAGUGAAGAAGUUGAAAACGAUGGCGUGGAUGGGAAUGGAAUGGAAGAUAUGUGGAUUUUUGGAGAACCGUUGUUCAGAGAUGUACAGGUUGCUUUUGAUUGGAAGAGAAAAGAGUUGGCAUGCAACGAUUUUGAGGUCUUACUUGACAAUACCAAUACUAUCUGA